CGGCCCUCUGCUCAGAACACGUACUCACCAUCCACACUUUUUCCAUUUCACUCAAUCUUCACUAGCUAGUCUAGUUGUACUUUCUCAACAACACCCACCAUCCACGUCCUCGAUAAUCCCUCUGUCCUUCCUACAAAAUACUCAUGGACUCAAUCGCUCCAAGUCUCUUGCUCAGGCAACCAUCGCCAGAUUCAUCAAACGAGUCUCAUAAAGGCGAAAACCCGCGCAAGAGGAGACGGGCAAACGACCCACCGCAUGAGGUGCCUGACACUCCAGGGCCAGAUGCAUCCCCAGAAGAACGUCGUGCAGCCCGUGCACAACGCAAUAGGAUCGCAGCCCAGAGUAGCAGGGAUCGUCGCAAGCAGGAAUACUCUUACCUCCGAGACCGUAUCUCCGAGCUUGAACAGGAGAAUCAGUUGCUUCGUGCAGGUCACUUCCUGCCUCAAGCGCUGACAAGUCCUGCCCUCUCCUCGACAUCCCUCGAAUCUACGCCUGCUUCUACCUCUACCUCUGCCGAUCAGUGGAAGCGCGACAUCGAGAGUGAGAACCGCGACCUCCGGAACAAGGUCGCCAACCUCGAGCGUAUGUUCGCCCUCAUCGCGCCUGCCGCCAUGAACUCCCUUUCCCCCGCCCCCGACGCCGCAAGUACUUCAGUCCAACCAACCCCGGUCGCACCAGAUAUCCCUCAAAGUGUACCCACUCGCCACCUAGCACCGGGUGGGUACCAGUCCACUAUCCCCAACUUUCCCUUCCCUCCGAACCCCCUCGCCCUCGACCGGGCAACCGCAGACUGGCUCCUUUCUCUCCUCCAAUAUGGUCCACCGAUCCCCCAACCAUCCGCAUCUCUCCCCAUCCCCGCCGUACUCCCAGUCCUUUCUUCGAUUUCGAACCAGGAUCAACCCCACCAGGCGGCGUGUAACCUCCCGUCCGUCUCGCAGGUGCCCCUUGGCUCCCCUUUCAGUCAAGGACAGGACAUUGCGGAUACGACUGCGGAUAGCGCCGUCAUCGCGGCCAUCCGCGCGACCGUGCCGGAGAUGACCUUCCUCCCUACGCCGUCGACGUCUCACGCCGGCUCCGAGUUGGACUUUACCGAGUUCUCCCUCGAGCAGGCGUCUGUUUCCGAGCCCUCAGCGGCAGACGCAGCGUCGACCGCCAUCGUAGAGGAGAUGAUGAGCAAGUACCUUAAUGACAUGGUCUCGGACCAGAGCUGGGCUUGGGAGGCGCGCGGGCACGACACAACCGACGAAACCAAGGACGUAAUGACAUCCACCAUCCCUACCCAUCUACUUCCCGGAGCGGCUGAAGUAAACGUGUUCUGAGUACGGUAUGUUCCCCUUUCUUAUAUCUCUCUCAUCUCUCCUCUGUUUCUCGUAUUUGAGCUGUCCGCCUCUCCGUGAUCGAACAGUCUUGGUCGUUCCUCGUUCUUGUCCUCUGUCGUCCACCCAGAUCCACCAACCGUGUCCGGUUCACUCUCUUUGCUCAGCUCCGCUCGGACAGCGCUGCACGCUGCCUCCCUUCGGGUUGUAGGCGGCUGUGGCGAGUCUUUGCGAGUUGACUGGAUGGUGUGACUGGAUCGAGGGAGGAGGAGACGGGUGAGUAGGUAGAUAGAUAAUGGAUGUAUUUGGAA